CAAACGUGAAGAUACUGAGGAACAAACAGACAUGAUGCCGCUGAAAGAGGAAAGUGAAGAACUGAAUGAAAUGCAAGAUACAGAUCAGUAUAAGAAACAUGAUUUCAUAACUGGACAAAUAUCAUUUAGUUGCCCACAGACUGGAAAGACUUCCUCACAAAAAAAAGCUCAAAAGACUGGAACUAGAAGUCUUUUCACCUGCCAACAGUGUGGACAGAAUUUUGAUCAACGAGGAAACCUUAAAGUCCACAUGAGGAUUCACACUGGAGAGAAGUCAUACACCUGCAAACUGUGUGGAAAUGGUUUCAUUCGAAAAGGAGACCUUAAAAGCCACAUGAGAAUUCACACUGGAGAGAAGUCAUACACCUGCAAACUGUGUGGAAAUAGUUUCAUUCGAAAAGGAGACCUUAAAAGCCACAUGAAAAUUCAUACUGGAGAGCAGUCUUACACCUGCCCUCAUUGUGGAAGGAGUUUUACACACAGACAAACUCUUAAUGUCCAUAUAAGGAUUCACACUGGAGAGAAGCCUUUCACCUGCCAACAGUGUGGAAAGAGUUUCACUCAACAUGGAAACCUUAAAGUCCACAUGAGGAUUCAUGACGGAGAGAAGCCUUUCGUUUGCCAACGGUGUGGAAAAUGUUUCAUUGAACAUGGAAACCUUAAAGUCCACAUGAGGAUUCACACGGGAGAGAAGCCUUUCACCUGUCAACAGUGUGGAAAAUGUUUUUCAGUAAAAGGAACCCUUAAAAGCCACAUGAGCAUCCACACUGGCGAGAAGCCUUACGCAUGCUCUCAGUGUGGAAUCAGUUUCACUCAGCAAGGAAGCUUUAACAGGCACAUGCGAAUUCACACCAGAGAGAAGCCAUACACCUGCUAACUGUGUAGAAAGAGCUUCACAACAAAACUUAUCAUGAACUGUCUGGUGAGAAGACGUUUAUGUGGUUGACGAUGGUUUCUCAUGCAGUGCCAUCUCACGGCUCAAAUGUUGCACACAUUCAGCAGAGGUUUCCUGUAAAUACAUUUUGAUUAAUUUUAGUGGUAUAACAAUGCUUUGAGUGAUAUUGCUGAAUUAAAGUACAUAAUUAAUAAAACAAAGUUGUUCUUUGUCAUUAUUUUUUACCAGCAAGUCAUAGCUGGUUACAAAAAAAGGUCCUAAACUUUGUCAAAAAGAGCAAGCAAAACUGAGGCAUAUCAAAAGUGUGGCGUGGAUAGAAAACUUGUUGAUACGGCUGUCGUCACUGAGUUGGAAGCCUAUGUUCUGUUUCAAAAAAGGCAAAAACUGUCUGACUUUGGUGACCGCUGCAGCUGUUGUUUACACAGGAACCAGUUUUAGCACCAAUGAAAAAGAGAAGACAAAUGGCAUGUUAAUAGACAUUUUGUAAAAGAGUAAAUAAUUUUAUUCCAGAAGUGUGUGCUACAUGCUAGUAGGGCUCCAGCCGUAGAGGCCCUCGGAGGCU